AUGGACAGCACUUCAGCAGAUCAUGAGCAGACAAAGGUUGACUGGAACGUCUUGGGCCCAAAGCUAUAUCGCCUGGAAUUGCUAGAGGCUGAGAACAAGUUCUUGCGCACACAGAUUGAGAUCCUGACCAAGAAAGCGCAAUACGACACGGAGCGCAACAGUGGCGAACCCUCGCAUGCAGUGGACCGUUCUGGCAGGCAACAGACUGUCUCGAGCAGUGCUACCAUCCGUGGCGAUGACCUGGGAUCAGCUGAAGAUUGGAAGCGGAAGUACAAUGAACUGAAGAAGGAGCACAUCGAUCUUCAGGACAAAUGUGCCAACCACGCACAGGAGAUGAAACUCAAGAACGAGAAAGUCCGCGAGGCACGCGAGAGUGUGAAAGCAUGGAAAGCGUAUGCCGACAAACAGAUUGAGAAGCGCGACGCCAAAAUCGCCCGUGGUUCGCGACCUCCAUCGCAUGCUGGCCUGGAGGGUUCUGAUGGCAUGACCCCCACGCCUCGAGCGCUUCCAAUGGUGCAGACCAAUCCUGAAGCGGACCACACUGAACCUGAAGUACGCACGAACUCCGAUGCGAUGGAGAUACCAUCGAGUCCUCCUAGGUCCAAUAUCGGACCACCAGGAGCUCUGUCUACGCACUCUCCCGCUCGCUCGGCAACAUCACGCGUGACAUCAAGUCAAACGACUGUGGAUACUACACAGCAAAGACCAGCUCCCGAGUUGACUGAGAAGGUCACAAGCAGUGAUAGCGAGCCUGUGCUCGUUUCUACUCGCUUCUUGAAACGCAAGGCGAGGACAUCGGCUCCCGCAGAGCCUGCUCCAAGACGCAUCAAGCAGGAACCGAAGUCUGCAGAUGCUCCGAUGCACAUAAAGUCGGAAGAUUUCAGUAGUCCUCACACCACACCAACACGGCUGAUUCGCACGGAGUUGUCGGAUCUUGACAAUGUCGGACCACUAAUGGUCACGCCACGUCGGCGGCACCGUAAUAAGGACCUGCCUUCCCGCGCCACUUCUGAAGAAGCCGCCAGACUUCCUCCCACGCUGAUCAGAACUGCAUCCUCACUUUCUGAAGGUGACCCCGGUGCCCAGGAUGAGUCCUCCACGGCCAAUACGGCUGCAGGUAGGUUUGCAGCUCAACGGGUUCAAGCUCAACCACUUAGAGUGGCGCCCGCCCACGGUUCCAAUCGACCAUAUGGUAAUGUAUUGCGGCCGACCUGUAACAACAUAGCAGCCGCAGCGGGAUCAGGCGUUGACCGUGUGAAGCCAAAGGCCAAGGUCCGACGCACUGGUGCCAAGGACCAUGUUAACACCCUGUCUGAGGCCGGCGACUCCUCUCCUGUUAAGCCAAAGCACGGCACGGGAUCGAAAGGACAGCCUGCGAGAGGAGUCGAUACCGAUCAUCGCUUGGACGAUAUGUUGGCAACACAGGACCCUUCCCAUGGGCCAACCCCUACCUUGAGACGUGAUAAUAAUCACACAGAGAGUUGGAGCGGCUCCAAAUCACGAGCCUCGCCUCAUCUACCAACGCCAGUUUCUAUGGUGAAGCGAGCUUCGCCUAUAAAGCAGAGAAGUCCUGUGAAAGUGCCCCGCGGAAUCGAAAAGCCACCUCCCAACGUCAGACCAGAAGAUGAGCAUCUGCGCCUCAAGAACGUGAAGGAGCUGAAGCUAGCAGAUUUCAAGAUCAAUCCGAAGUAUCUGGGAACGGAAUACGCCUGGGCCGAUACGCUUCGCGGACGAGACCAGCGGCGUGCCUUGCAUACAUGCACUGAUCCGACGUGUUGUGGUGGAGCUAUGCAAAAGGCUAUCGAGAUGGCAGGUACAGAACUAUCAGGGAAACCUGAUCGUCAAGUCCUCGAGGCCUUCCUAGGGCCAACUUGGGAGGCAGAAAUAGGAGCUUACAAUACCGAGAAGAGGAAAGAAGUCGUCAAGCAAGCCCACAUAUUCUCCUUCUCCAAUCAGCAUGGCAAGCACAAAACAGCCUUCCAGAGGCGCAGCACACCGCCAGGAUUCUGGGACACUGACUUCCCCACCACUCAGGAACAUGACGCAAAUCGCGUACAAGCGAAGGAAGCAGAGAGGCGAGAGGUCGAGCAGCGGUAUCGCGAGGCGAUGCGUGAAAGCGGACGAUGGAAGUUUCGUGACGAAUAG